AUGGAUCGGUGUCCUGGAUUAUAUUGCGGUCGAACUCUUUUAGAAAAUGGAAGUUAUAGCGAAUGUGGUGCUUGUCCCAGAGGAUAUAGAACAAAUACGUCAAUAUGUGUUCCCUGUUCAGAUCAUCCUGAAUUUUACGAUUGGCUUUAUUUAGCAUUUAUGGUUUUGGUUGCAUUAGUUUUACACUGGUUUGCAAUCGACUUUUUAGCAUUAAAACGUAGAUUAGGGCUCACAAAACAAGUUUUGAUAAUUCAUUUCUCGGCAUUAGUAGAAGUCAGUAUAGCUGCAGUAGCAACGAUAUUAGUAGUUGAACCUACUGGCUCUUUUCAAAUAACAUCUUGCAAAACAAGAUAUUUAUCAGAUUGGUACUCAUUAUUUCACAAUCCAUCUCCAAAUUAUGAAGAAACAUUGCAUUGUACGCAAGAAGCCAUUUAUCCAUUGUACACAAUGGUUUUUAUAUUUUAUGCUAUAGCAACUGUGGUUAUGAUAUUAAUCAGGCCAAAAUAUUGUCCACAUGGAAAAAUGUCAGUUUAUGCAGGAUUAUAUUUCUACCCCAUUCUAGCAUUUUUCCAAGCUGUUUUCGGUGGAAUAAUAUAUUAUGCAUUUCCAUAUAUUGUGAUAAUAAUUUCUCUUAUAUCAAGCGCCACACAUUUUGCCCAAAAAAAGGAUCAGGCGAUAAUAAGUUUAAUAGUUGACACAUUGGUUAAUGUUAGAAAUGUAGUUGUUUUAAUUGGACAUUGGUUAUUUCAUGCCUACGGUAUAAUAGCAGUAACAGAAUUGAAAGAAACAAAAUUUCAUUGGGCAAUGUUGGCUCUUGUACCUCUUCCAACUGUUUUUUAUAUUUUAACAUCUCGAUUUACAGAUCCCAGUAAACUGUAG